AUGGAAGAAAUCCUGAUAUAUGGCUCUCAACAGCCAGCUGGAGCCUUAAAACUUUCGGCAGGAUCUGGCACUGGUAUCAUUGACCUUAUAAUUACUGCUUGUGACUUACACUCAGGAUCCCAUAUUGCAUCAUUUAAACAGUCUUCAUCGCCUCGGAAUGGAAUCGUGGCUACAAAAUCACAUAUCAUAGCUGCUCAAGCUCAGAAGGCGCUGAUUCAUGUCUAUUCAUAUUUAAAAGAGGGUGUUGAUCAGAAAAUAGUCGUUCCUGAGAAACUCAACUGUAUCACAGUAUCACCUUGUGGAACCUGGUUAGCAGCUGGUGGUGAAACAGGUAGACUCUUGAUAUGGGAACUAAAGUCUGGUCAACUUGUUUUUGCUCGCGAAACCCAUUAUCAGGCAAUUGUCUGUUUGCAGUUUACCAAAGAUAGCGCCUAUUUAUUUACCACUUCUGAUGAUUCCAGAGUGUUUGGUUGGUCUGUAUUAGAGAUUGUCAGCAGUGGUACAUUACAAAACGAGAUCCAACCUGCUAUUUCUUGGUCUGAUCAUUCAUUACCGGUGACUAGUCUUUGUGUUGGCUACGGUUUUUCUAACGAAGCAUAUGUUUUCACUGGUUCGUUAGAUGCGACCAUCAGAUGUUGGAGUAUAGCCAAGAAGGAGCUACUCACUACUUUUGUUCUUAAUGAUAAAGUGACUGCUAUGGUUGUAGACCCUCUUGAACGGUUUAUUUAUGCCGGAUUGGCUAACGGUUCUAUAGUCGCUGUCCCCCUUUACGAUGUCAAUCCUAGUACGGGAUACUUAGAGGCUGUGGGUGGUGCUAAGAGAAUUGUUACUGUAGACUCAUCUAACCCACCUCCAUCAAGUUCUCUUUUCGCCCUUAGCCAACAUUCUGCAUCUGUUACUGCCUUGACACUCUCGUUUGACGGCACUAUUCUCAUUUCCGGUGAUUCAGCUGGGCAGGCUUAUUCCUGGGACCUCACUAGUCGUCAGGUUCUCCGUAAACUGAAACCCAACAGAGGUCCUAUCAGCUCUAUUCAGACUAUUGCAUUACCCAAAUCUGAGACGAUUAUUCCAUCACAAGCCAAAGUCAAGGCUUCAAAAGGCGGUGCCGGCGUUACUGCCAGUCAGGGUCCGGAACCAAUUCCUCAACUUAAACGUGUGUUGGAACCCGCUGAGCAGAAAUCACACGAUAUCUGGAUUAAAAUCCCUGAACACCAGCAAACUGCCGGUUCGACUGAGGUUGUCUCUUCGGUCUUGAAAGAUGUUCAGCAGGCUAAGCUCCACACUGGCCACAUCUUCGACCAAGGCUCGGAGAGCGGUCUUCAAGCCCGUGUACAACAACUCGAGUCGGAUCUCAACGACCUCUACAAGAACUACUCAUCUUUACAGGCAGUUCACGAGGACCUAUGGUCUUUGCAUGUCCAGAAGAGCCUUGGUUGA